AACAAGCUAGCGUUCCGCACGGAAAAUGUGAGUUGCCUCAAAAGGAGGAUCAAUAUCGGGUGCCAGAUUCUUUUCUCAAAGAGGCUGUCACAUCUUGCAUGUGCUGGGCCGCGUUUGGCUGCUGCCCCGUCGUGACCCUUUUCCCUGCUGCUUUUCCAACGCGCUGGCUGCUUAACGUCCUCCUUUCCUUGUUCGUUGCGCAACAGGGUUUUUCGAUUUCUGCCUCAGUCCUAUUAAAAACCGCGCUGCGCGAGUUACCGACGUGUCUGCCGCCGUCGUUUCGCCCUCCACAACCCCCCGCUCCUUGUCUACGUUGCGCAGCCGCUUUUUCCUGGCUUCUCCCGCGAAAACCUGUCUUUUUCGCCUUUUCCAGCAGCUGGACGGAAAGUGAAAGGGAGUCCAGCCACGAUGACCUCAAAUUACACCCCGCCUCGUUGCUACUACGAGGUUCUGGGCGUCGCGAAGACCGCGACAGCCGAUGAAAUCAAGAAAAGCUACAGAAAGCUGGCGAUCCGUUGGCACCCAGACAAGAACAUCGACAAAAAGGAUGAGGCGACCGCGCGUUUCAAAGAAAUUUCCGAGGCCUACGAGGUCCUCUCUGAUCCCGAGAAGCGCCGCAGAUACGACCUUUCAGACAGUUUCGGCGUGAACGGCCCUCGGGUACGAGGGACAACCAGCAGGCGCUCCGCGGCGCAGGCGGAGGCGGAGGCAGCUGCCGCCGCUGCAGAGUUCGAACGCUUCCACCGAAACUUCCACUUUGCAGAUGCUCAACGAAUUUUCGAGAUGGCAUUCGGCCCUGGAGGCCCUUUCGGCGACGAUCUUUUCCAUACGGUCAGCCAAGACUUCGGUCUCUCUCCCUUUGGCUCGACUCGUCCUGGGCGCGCCAGCUCUCACGGAGGCGCAAUGCGUCGAGCACACGGAAGCCUCUCGGCAAACUUCUUUGGAGGAGACCCUUUCGCAGAUUUCUUCGGAGGCGAUCCGUUUGGGGGGAGUUUCACGCACGCGUUCUCAGGUCCGGCGUUCGGUUCGUCUCAUAUGAGUAGCUCUUUCGUCUCGUCGAGCAGUUCUUCGCGGUCGGGAGCGGGAGGCAUUAGCCGAUCUACGUCAACUUCCACGCGCAUCGUUAACGGCCGCCGCGUCACCGUCACGGAGGAGGUCGUGACUCAGCCCGAUGGCACUGUCCACCGGCAUGUGACUCAAGAAGAAGACGACGGAACAGGACAUGUUCGUCGCAUCCAACUUCCAUCUUCCUCCCGGCACAGCCAUUCUCGGUCAAUUGUUUAUCACUGACGAGGCUGUGCAGCUGUCGUGCGGCGGCCAAAGGGCAGGGGUGUAUGUACAGCCGCGCGGCCGUGAGGGCUUCCGUGGAUGCCACGUUUUGCGUGAAGAGUUUGUGAGAGCUUUCGACACACGGCGACCAGGCGCUCUUCUGCCCUGCGAGGGAAGCGACGCGAAGUUGCGUUGGCUUGACGGGCGCAAGAGAAAUGGGUUUACGACGACGGUGGCGGGAUCCGGAAGGGGGGCGAAAAGCCAAUGGCUGACGCCGAUGUCUCGCGCAGAGAAUCGCUGUCUUCUAGGGCGGUGUCUAAAAGGGGUGCGGCAAAGUGCGUCGCUGCUGCUUAGCGCCCGGAGGCAAUCACUGGGAACGACCUGAUGUCGGUGUCAGAGCUCUUUUGGUGUGGCAUGCAAGUGGACGUGGAGUGGAGGCCUUGCAAAAUGUGAUAAAACAACCGAUCCUUUGCGGUGGAAGUCAUCCGAUCAAACAGAAGAUGUGGGUGGGUGUGUGUGUGGUGAUUCACACAAAAGCAUGCGCUGAUAGAUGCGCGUGAGUAAACAAUGUCCACCGGGAGUCGGGCUCCUUAUUUGUAUGCGACGGUAGGGGAUUUUUCGGAGGAAGGACACAGAUGUGCGUCUUCCACGUCUCUCUGGAGGUAUCCAGAGUUAGGAGAACGACGAAAAGAGUCGAGUGAACGGCGGGGAAUGCGGUGCAAGAUAGAUCCGGUGGGGAUUUUUCUCGUAGGACUUGCGAGACCGUGCAACUGGUGGAGGGGGCACUGCUUGUUUUUAUCUCUUUAGUGUUUUCUUCCGCCGUUUUUGCUGUGCUUGCUGCGCCGAGCGUGCAUCCCACCUGUUCAGAAAUAGGGAAAGCACGGGAAUCGGAUCAAUCUCGGUUCAAGUGCGUGAUUCUCCAUUCUUCUCUUUGCUUGUUAUUUCAACUUUUGCUUCUUUCUCAUCUGUUUGGCAGUUUGGGGGAAUGCCUCUCGUUCGCAUGCGCUUCGGUGGCGAACGAAUAUCCUUAUUGCUGUGCUCCCAGUAGCAUCUCUGCGUUAAUCGUCUUUCGGGUUCGCAAGUGGUUGUUCUAUUCAAGGGGAAACGUUCGUGGUCAACCGCGGGCUAUGUCUACUUACGUUUAUGGCAAAUAUCUUCUCACGUGCGUGUGCACAGUUUUCUUCGCACAGUUCGAUUUUUGCUUGUGUACGAGACCACGAGAUGCCGGCUCGAUUGGCGCUCCGCUCUUGAAGUGCGGAAGAACAGGGAGAAACUCAUAAGUACGGGAGAGCAGUUUCGCGACAUUCUCAGUAGCCUACUCAAGGCGUACAGAGUUCGCAGCAGACGUGAAGCGACCGAGCAUGUGGCAUUCGUUAUCGUUCGGACUCUCUGCUCCUUCCGGACUGUGGGAGCGAGAACGCGAUAUUGUUUUUGGUGCGGAAGCCAGAGAUACUGUUACCAUCAAGUAAAAUGCAAAUCGUGGAGUCCGCUAGCGCCGCGCGCGGCGAACUCUUGCUGUAUUUUGUGUACAGCAUAUCUCUGUUUCUGACUGACUUAGCUGACCUAAACCGUCGGUGUGGGCGGACAGGCUGGACUUGGAAUCCUGGUCCGAGCACCAAAACGUACAUCAGUGCAGACUUGUAUGUGCACUUACGGCCGCAAUCCAGAGAUACCGAAUUGCCGAUUUCGGUGGAAGGGCUUACUUCCCAAGGGAUGCUACCACUCUAUCACGGUCAAGUCUAUUUACGGGCCGCUCGCGUGAUUUCUAGCGUCAUCUGGGCUUAACUAAUUUCCAGUCAGGAGAAGUGCAUCGUAGUUUGAUUGUUAACUAGUAUACCAAGUACCCG